AUGAGGGGUGGGGCAAAGAAGCAGUCAGGGCAGAAAAAGAAAGAAAAUAUUUUCCGUGUCCCCGCCUGCAGAGUCAGUGUGCGGUUUGGGAGAAAAUGUGUCGGAUAUUUUGGGGCGGUCACGUGGGCGGGCGGGCUCAGAGAGGCCCCGGGACAGUCCCAGCCUAGAGCCCGUGCCCCCCCCAGAACCCCCCAUUGCCGCGAGCCCCUGACACUGCGACGCCGCAUCCCCGCGACCGCCCGACGCCGGGACCUCGGGGCUCCGCGGCCUCCCUUCCCCCUCCCUCCCCUCCAGCAGUUACAGCCCAGUCCCCUCAACCUGACCCAGUAUGUAGGAGGGAAUCUCUGCAGGUGGCCAGAGGGACUCUUGGAGACCCAGUGGGCAGGCCAGGAAGGGCGGGCACGGAGCCUCCCAGGCUGGGGCAGUGGGCAUGGGCGGGGGCUGUGGCUGAAGACCUCCCCCGCCCACUGCAGACCCCAGGGGAUUCAGCCUCCCUCACCGCAGCUGCCAUGGCCACCAAUAAGGAACGACUCUUUGCAGCUGGUGCCCUGGGGCCUGGAUCUGGCUACCCAGGGGCUGGCUUCCCCUUUGCCUUCCCAGGGGCUCUCAGGGGGUCUCCACCUUUCGAGAUGCUGAGUCCUAGCUUCCGGGGCCUGGGCCAGCCUGACCUCCCCAAGGAAAUGGCCUCUCUGUGUGAGUCUCAG